AUGCUGAGGCAUGGUUUUAUACGCCAUGGCCUCCGCAAGUCUCCCUCGCCACAUGCAUUCUUGAGCCGGAAGAGAGGUUAUGCUUCUGUUACGGACCUCGAAGCCUUUCCAAAGCCCGGAGAGUCCCUCCAUGGGUUCACCCUCAGAGAAAUAAAGCACGUUCCUGAAUUGCAUCUCACUGCGCUCAGCCUGCAACAUGACAAGACAGGAGCAGAGUAUCUCCAUGUUGCUCGCGACGACAAGAACAAUGUCUUUGCAAUUAAUUUCAAGACCAACCCUACAGACCGAACAGGCCUGCCACACAUCCUUGAGCAUGUCACCCUGUGUGGGAGCGAGAAGUUCCCCGUUCGAGACCCCUUCUUUAAGAUGAUGCCCCGAUCGUUGGCCAAUUUCAUGAAUGCCUUUACCUCUUCGGACUACACCUCCUAUCCGUUCGCAACCACCAAUCUCCAGGAUUUCCGUAACCUUUCCACCGUCUAUCUCGAUGCUGCCUUGCAUCCCUUACUUUCGUCUUCGGACUUUUUGCAGGAAGGUUGGCGACUCGGUCCGGAAGACCCUCGCGAGCCCGCAACUGAAGAGAACAUCAAGUUCAAGGGCGUCGUCUAUAACGAAAUGAAGGGUCAGAUGUCAGACGCCAGUUACCUGUUCUAUAUUCGAUUCAGAGAGCAUUUAUUCCCCUCCCUCUACAACUCCGGCGGCGAUCCAGAGGUCAUGACUGAGCUUACCCACGAUCAACUCGUCAAGUUCUCAAAGGAACACUACCAUCCAAGUAAUGCCAAAAUCUUCUCUUACGGGAGCCUAAACCUCGCCGAACAUCUGAAACAUGUCGAUCAAGAAAUCUCUCGAUUUGACAAGUCCACCCCCGACGCCGCUAUCAAAUUACCUAUUGACCUGUCUGCUGGUCCUCUUACCUUCCAGGUUCAAGGCCCCUUAGACACUAUGCAACCACCUGAUAGACAGACCAAAUCAUCGGUCACCUGGCUAGGAUGUCCGCCUUCGGAUAUUGUGGAAACCUUCUCCAUCAGCAUCAUGAUGUCCCUGUUGAUGAAUGGCUAUGGAUCUCCUCUGUACCAAGGUUUGAUCGAGUCAGGCUUGGGGACAAACUUCAGCGCCAAUUCCGGCUACGAUAGUUCAGGUCGCGUUGGAGUAUUCUCAAUCGGUCUUGAUGGCAUGAAAUCCGAAGACGUGCCCGCCCUCAAAGAAACCAUUCAGAACAUCUUGCGCCACAAAGCACAUGAAGCAUUUCAACAGCACAAAAUCGAAGGCUACAUGCAUCAAUUGGAGUUGACUCUCAAGCACAAAACCCCUAACUUUGGCAUGGGGCUGUUGGAAAAGACCCUGUCUGGCUGGUUCAACGGUGUCGACCCGAUGCAAGGUUUAGCGUGGAACGACACCGUCGAUGCCUUCAAAGCACGCCUGAAAGAACCUGAAUAUCUCCAAUCACUUGUCAACAGAUACUUCUUAAACGACCAGACGAUGCAGUUUGUGAUGAGUCCAUCUGAGACAUACGGCGCUCAGUUAGAGGCACAGGAAGAAGAACGCAGGCAGAAGAUAUUGUCGGAAUUCAAGCAAACAGCCAGUUCUCCAGAAGAAGCCAUUUCCAAGCUUGGUAAGCAAGAAUUGGAUUUGCUCAAAGAACAAGAAACUGCCCAAUAUAAGAACUUGGACUCGCUUCCCACCCUGAAGGUGGGAGACAUAUCCAGAACCAAAGAGAGAAAGCCUCGACAUUACGACAGCAUUGGCGAUGUCAAGGGGAUUUGGCGUGAAACUUCGACAAAUGGAAUCACCUACUUUCAAGCAAAACACAUCCUGAAAGAUCUCCCUUCGGAGCUUCGCCUUUUGCUGCCGCUAUUCACCGAAUCCUUGAUGCGGCUGGGCACAAAGGAAAAGUCUGUCGGUGAUCUUGAGGCAGAAAUUCUCCUCAAAACUGGUGGCAUCACGAUAUCACCAUUCGCAGCACCGGAUCCAUGGUCCUUAGACAAGUACAGCGAGGGCUUGAUGUUCAGUGGUUACGCUUUGGAUCGAAAUGUCUCUGCUUUGUUUGAAUUGAUCCACACAUUACUUUUGGAUAUUGACUUUGCCGAUCCGAAAGCAAUCGCCGCCAUUCAAGAACUUUUGGAGUCCAAGACCUCAGGUGCCUUGGAUGCUGUCUCUGAGAGCGGUCAUCACUUUGCCAUCACCAGUGCGUCCGCUGCUCUCACUCGACGCGGUAUCGUUCAGGAUCAACUUUCAGGACUAACACAGAUCGAGGCAUCGGCAAGGCUUCUCGAUGCCGCUCGAAAUGACCCUAAUAGCCUGAACCAGGUGAUCAAAAACCUCCAACAGUUACAAUCCAUCGUGAUCAGCAACACCUCCAGUCUAUCAACGCGGAUUGUCUGUGAACCGUCUUCGACUGGGCAUAAUCAACGAUUGCUCGGAGACUUCCUAGCAAAGUUGCCUUCCGCAGAUCCACAACUCUCCUACACUUCCGACGUCACCUCUGGGUCCUCACUUUCAAAGAGAGCGUUCUUCAAUCUCCCUUUCCAGGUCUCCUACACUGGCACCUGCCUACAGACCGCGCCAUACUCGUCCCCUGACAAGGCUCCUUUGACCGUGCUAGGCCAAUUACUCAUCCACAACUUCCUUCACCCCGAAGUCAGGGAAAAGGGUGGAGCGUACGGCGCUUCUGCUAGUGCGAGUCCGAUCAGUGGGUUGUUUACCAUGUCUUCCUACCGAGAUCCAAAUCCGCGAAACACGUUGAACGUCUUUGAACGCGCUGGUGCAUUCGCCCGCGAUAAACCAUGGACUCAGCGAGAGAUUGACGAAAGUAAACUCAGCAUGUUUCAGAGCAUUGAUGCACCCACGAGCGUGAGUGGAGAGGCUGGCAAAGAGUUCAUGUAUGGCAUCACAGAAGACAUGGACCAACAGAUGAGAGAGAACCUUCUCGAUGUCACUAAAGAGGAUGUGCAGAGGGUGGCGCAGAAAUACCUAAUUGAUACACCUUCUGACCUAAGAUCUACUGCGAUCCUUGGGGAGAAGAAGGAUUGGGUUGAAUCAGCGACAGAAAAAUGGGAUGUUCAGCACUUGAAGGUGUCAGCAUCAGCGCCUGUACAGUAA